AGUUUUGACACCACAAAACAACGUCCUUAUGAAUUAAUUAUUUCCGAGUGAAUCCUUGUCAACAUAUUCCCUACAUGAUCCGUUCCCAUAUCAACAAACCACAACCAAGCAAAUUCUUUUGUUUUCUCCCAUCAUCCAUAUUCACUAAUCUCAUGUUUACAUAUAUAUAGAUAUGCAUUACGUGCGAGUAUGUCGCUUCUUUAAUUGUUGUUCUUAACAGUUCGAGUGACAAAAUGUUGAAAUCCCCACUUUGUUGCUGCGAGUUAUCUUUAGAAUCGAUGAGCCUAGCUUUUGCUGGCACCAAAAGACAGAAUGUUUUGGGACGACGCGAUUCCAUCAAAGUUUCUGCGGCAAAAUCCGGGAAUUUCUCUCUUGGUUCGAUAUUCAAAAGUUGCGAGACUUGUGGAGCCAAAGGAGCAAUUGAGUGUCCCGGUUGCAAGGGAACAGGUAAAAAUAAGAAGAACGGAAACAUUUUUGAGAGGUGGAAAUGCUUCGACUGUCAAGGAUUUGGUAUGAAGAGUUGUCCUAAAUGCGGCAAGGGAGGGUUGACGCCUGAACAGAGAGGGGAAAGAUAAAAGUUUACUAUUUGUUUCUCUUGCACAAGUUUAAUUUUGUGAUAUACUUUUUAGAAUUACGCAUCUAAAAACUCCCAUCCGUGCAAACUUAUCAAAUUAUCCACAAGCGAGACGAGACAUUUUUAACUCAACCAUUCAAUAGUAGUAUUUUACAACGUUUGGCGUUUUGAGGUUUGCGUUUCGCGUUUGACAUCUGGCA